AUGGCUAUCAAUGCCGGAGUUCCUCAGGGGUCAGUGCUCUCGGCUACAUUGUUCUUGUUGCACAUAAAUGAUCUGCUUAAGCCCGGUACCUUUGGGUAUGCAGACGACAGUACUGUUGCUGAGAGAUACACGUCCAGCGCACGAGCUAGUGGGUCACAAAUCCAGUCUCUUCGAGAGGCUAUGGUGGGACGCUUGAACUCUUCCUUGGAGGCGGUAUCCGCAUGGGGCAAUGCCAAUUUGGUUGAGUUCAAUGCUGCUAAGACCCAGGCGUGUCUAUUUUCCGCUAAAAGGAGCCAAUUCAGCCCUGCUCCUACUUUCCGAGGUGCAGCCGUGCCAAUAACCGACUGUCUGGAUAUUCUUGGUGUUACGCUAACGUCUACCCUCAACUUUGGGCCAUUCAUUGAAGCAAAAGCCCAUCUUGCUGCAAAAAAACUGGGAAUCCUCGCAAAGGUCAGACAAUACUUCACGCAGGAACAGCUGCUCAAACUUUAUCAGGCGCAAGUUCGAUCAUGCAUGGAGUAUUGCUCUCAUCUUUGGGACGGAUCAGCCCGAUACCAGCUUGAUGCACUCGAGGCAAUCGAGAGACGAGCCAAGAGGAUCAUUGGCAAUGACGCACUUGUCGAGUCGAAACUCCAAAGUCUAGAGCACCGACGCCGAGUGGCUAGCCUGUCGGUUUUCUAUCGGCUGCAUUUCGGGGAGUCGGAAUGGCGGCAACGACUGUCGCAACCGAGGGCUGGGCUCGCUGUCAUUGCAGCGAUAAGUCCCCUCUUUGAGGAGUGGCUUGAGAGACGCCACGGCGUCCUCACCUACCGCCUGACGCAGGUGCUUACCGGACAUGGAAGUUUCGGUAGGUUCCUGUUUCUGAUUGGGCGGGAGGAAACGCCCGGGUGUCAUCACUGCGAGGACCGUCCUGAGGACACAGUGGAACAUACGGUGGCGCUGUGCCCUGCAUGGGCUGAGCACCGCCGUGUCCUCAGGGAUGUAGUCGGCGACGGCGACCUCUCGCGUCCGGCAUUGGUACAAGCCAUGGUGCGGAGCGAGGGGGACUGGGAUGCCGUCUCCUCCUUCUGCGAAGCAGUCAUGCUAGCUAAGGAGGAGGCGGGGCGCGUGAGAGAACGAACCUCCUCACGCCCCAGCCGUCGCGAGAGACACUCCGGGCGUCGGGGAUCGCGCGACGAUCUCCGGCCACCGUAAGUGCGGGCCUGCGGACGGCGAGCAAGGGUAGUUCGCCGCCCGACCAGAACCAGACCCGUGCGUGCGGCGCGUCGCGUUCCGCGCGCGCCUCAAAGAGCCAUCAGACCACCACAGAUGGGGCCCAGUAGGGCUGAUGUCUAAUCCGGAGCUGCGGACAACCUAGCGGGUUUACCGGGGCACCGGCUCGAAAGGCAGGAGAAGGAACGGGGUGGUUUUUAGUCAGUAAGAGUCUGACACUCCCUCUCGCCUCGCCCGAGGCGAGAAAAGUCAUUGGAUGAUUUUCCCCCCUCAAAAAAAAAAAAAAAAAAAAAA